AUGGCAGCGGGAUGUAGUCGAAAAAGGAUACCAGCGAGUGAAGUAGGGAUGAGGUCCUGUGCCGCUGGUUCAGCCUGGUUGGCUGAUGCUGCAGCCCGAGAAGACAUUACCCAGACUCUGUUUACUUCCCGGGGCUCUUAUACUAAAAAAUUGACCAAGCACAAAUAUCGGAGAAGAAGGAAGUUGAGAGCCAGAAUGUUAUUCAAAAAGAGAAAAGUUUGUCCCCCUGAUCCCAUUCCACCUCUUUCUCCUCCUUCCUCUCCUUCAUCAUCUCCAACUCUAUCUUCACCUGAAAGGAUGAUAGAUGCCCCUCCUACAAAUAGAGGUUGUGGCCAAAUUUGGCCAACAUUAGCCUGGAGUGUCACAUUUUCCAGUGUGAAGAAUCCAGUGAAAUUCUUGGCAAAGAAGGUGUGGUCUUUCUAUUACUGUUGCCAGAGCAGUAUUACACAGAAUUUAGAGAUUUGGAAAGAUCGCCUGUUUCCAUCCCGUAUCUACUUCCGGGAACUUGGCCUGCUCAAACAGCAGGUUUACAAGCUGGAAAAUGAAUUUUACAAGCUCCAGGAAGCACUGAAGACCUCUCAAACGCUUGCCUCAGAGCAUUCCGUGUGCCAGGACGGGCACAAAACAUGUCACUUGGGGGCUCAACUUCUGGAGGAGCUUGCCCAAACUCAAACCACUAUUUGAGAAUCAGUACCCAUACUCCUGCCAGCGAAACAGCAGCCUACAGUUUUCCCUCUUCCUCUUCCUCCUUCUCUUCCCCCUCCUCCACCUCCACCUCCACCUCCACCACCUCCACCACCACCACCACCACCCACUAUAGCACCUUUGUUGCUCAAAAAAGUUGACCGCAUCAAAACUCUUCAGGCUGCACCAUUAAAACAAGAUGUGCCCAUGCAGAUAACUGUUAAAGACCUGCUCAAUGUGAAGUUAAAGAAGACACAGAGUUCUAAUAUUAGGAAUAAGACCUUGUCAUUGAUGAAGGAAUGAAAGCCACUGGUUACAGUCUCCGAUCUUCAGAGUAUCGCCCUGAAACCUCAAUCCAAAUUUCCAUCCGCUCACAUUGCAAAUAUGAUCAUCACUCCCAGCAAAGGACGAGUGGAUCUAAGAAGACUCCUUAAGAAAGUCGACAUAAUAUUUCAUGUUCAAGAAGCCAAAGGGAAAUUUCAUGGAGAACCCCCAAUAGGCCGUCAGGAAAGAGAAGAAAAGAUCCGUCCAUCAAACACGUUUGUAUGUCUGUGGGGGGCUCUUCCUGAGGCCAGGGAUGGGAACGACUCUCUGCCACACAGAGUGGCGUGUGGCACAGGCGGCACAGGAGGAGAUGCAGUGAUCGGCUCGUCCUCGGGGACACACGUGGGCACGGGGAAGUAUUAG